UUAUGUGCAAAGCACAAUUCCAGAUAGAUGGCGAUAUCCAUCUCAGCCCCCUACCUGCAAGCAUGGUGCGCUCUCUCCUACAGUCGGGCCGGCCUCCUCCAUCCAACGACGUCUCUUAAGCCCUUCGGCUCCGCUGUGUUCAAAUCCAAGCCAACUCAUUCGCUGCUACAUUGCCAGAGUGUUUUGGCUCAAGGCAGCGUCGGCGAGGAUUUACCUGACGAUUACGGCAAUUGGCUGCCCAAGCCCGGCCCGGACGAUCAGAGAAGAGCCGGAAUUCUACUCCAUCCGACGUCGUUUGGAGGUCCCUAUGGAAUUGGUGAUCUCGGAGACGAGGCCUUUCGCUUCAUUGACUGGCUUCACGCUGCCGGUUGCUCCGUUUGGCAGGUCCUACCUCUUGUACCUCCCGGGAGAAAGGCCAAUGAAGAUGGAUGCCCUUACGCAGGCCAGGAUGCAAAUUGUGGCAACACCCUCUUGAUCUCUCUAGAGGAGCUUGUUGAUGAUGGAUUGUUGUAUAAGGAUGAGCUUCCAAAACCAAUUGAUGCUGAACGUGUGAAUUUCUCACUUGUUGCUGAUCUUAAGGAUCCUUUGAUUGCUAAAGCUGCAAAGAGGCUCAUUUCAAGUGAAGGGGAACUUAAAAAGCAACUUGAUAAUUUUCGUAGGGACCCUAACAUAUCAAGCUGGCUUGAAGAUGCAGCUUAUUUUGCUGCUAUUGAUGACUGUCUGAGCACAUUGAGCUGGUACGAUUGGCCUGAACCUUUGAGAAACCGACAUCUUGUAGCUCUAGAAGAUAUUUACCAACUCAAGAAAGAUUUUAUUGAAGUAUUUAUUGCACAACAGUUCUUGUUUCAGAGGCAAUGGCAGAAAGUUCGUAAGUAUGCCCAAAGUAGGGGAGUGAAGAUAAUGGGAGACAUGCCCAUAUAUGUGGGUUAUCACAGUGCAGAUGUUUGGGCAAAUAAGAACCAAUUUCUGCUGAACCGGAGAGGUUUCCCUCUUUUAGUUAGCGGUGUUCCUCCUGAUGCAUUCAGUGAAACUGGUCAGCUGUGGGGCAGCCCUCUGUAUGAUUGGAAUGCCAUGGAAAAAGAGGGAUACUCAUGGUGGAUACGCCGCAUGCGACGUGCUCAAAAUGUAUAUGAUGAAUUCAGAAUUGAUCACUUUAGAGGAUUUGCUGGAUAUUGGGCGGUUCCCUCUGAAGCUAAAGUAGCAAUGGUUGGAAAAUGGAAGGUAGGACCUGGAAAGUUCUUCUUUGAUGCCAUUUUCAGAGCAGUUGGAAAGAUUAAUAUAGUAGCAGAAGACUUGGGAGUUAUUACUGAGGAUGUAGUUCAGCUAAGAAAAUAUAUCGGAGCACCUGGAAUGGCUGUUCUGCAAUUUGCAUUUGGUGGUGAUGCUGAUAACCCUCAUUUGCCCCACAACCAUGAGUGCAAUCAAGUUGUGUAUACAGGGACUCACGACAAUGACACAAUCAGGGGUUGGUGGGAAGCUUUGAAGCAAGAAGAGAAGUCCAAUUUUCAGGUAUCAUGGUACCUUUCAUUAACAGGGGAGGAUGACGUCUCAUGGGCGUUAAUUCAGAAGGUACUGUCUUCUGUUGCUCAGACAGCAAUAAUACCUAUGCAGGAUAUUCUCGGACUUGGGAAUUCUGCAAGGAUGAAUAUUCCUGCAACUCAGUUCGGAAACUGGGGCUGGAGAAUUCCAAGGUCUGUGAGAUUUGAUGGGUUGGAAAGAGAGGCCGCUAAGCUUAAAGAUAUGCUAGCAAUGUAUGGGCGACUUUGAAUAAGGAAUCCUCGGCUAUUUGGUAGUUAAGUAGGAUGUGUUUGCCUUGCAUCGGUAACAAUAAUUGGAAAUCUGCUUGGAGCAUGGCUGAUUUUGGUCAAUCAAAGGCGAGUCCCCCAAAAAAAACAGAGAGAAAAAAAAAGGAAAAGAAACAAAUUUAUGAAAGUAGGAUGCUUCUCUGUAAUUAUUUAUUAUUGUAAUACAAAAUUAUGAGGAUUGGCCAUAUUGCCAAAAAAAAAAAAGCAGAGCAUGAACUUGUCAGGACGAGCUCGGAAGAAUAUCACGGUGCAAUAUUGGCCACUUCUUGUACGAAAUAAAACAUUGCUUUGUUUAAUUAUUUUAUUUAUUUUGUACAUUUAGUGUGUGUUUGAACUCUCAUUGGACUCGGUCAAGACGUGGUUUUAAUAGUUGUAUUAGCUUGAUCAUCAACCGCCUCUUAUUAAUGAGGUGGUAGAUGAUAAAAGAUUAAGGGAAUUUCGUGUGCAUAUGUUGAUAUAA